UUUUUAGCAAGGGGCGUUGCACACACACACACACACACACACACACACACACACGGGUGCAGUGCUAUUCGCGAAGCACAGUUUGCUGAGACCGGGUACAAGAAAAUAGAAGAAGAGGAAAAAAAGUGUUCCGGGGGUGGCUGCCUUUUCUUUCUGGAUUGUCCCGUGCUUGUCCGAGUGCAAACAGUGUCCAAGCAGAGAUGUGUGCGAAAGUUGAUAGUGCGUGAUGUUUGAUUUUUUUGAAUUGAAAAAGUGAAAAAAGUGUCAGCCUAAAUCCAUAAGUUCUCGAACUUCAGUGUAUAACGUGAAAGUGGCACAACCGUAAUCUGUUUGCGAGAAAGAAGAACCCGGAAACCUCGACUGCAUCGUGCUAAUUUGAUUUCCGUGCGCCCGAAAACCGGAGGGCGAUUUGCCACUCUUUCUGUGUCUGUGUAUGUGAGGUUGAAGAAAGGGAAGAGGUCCUGCAAGCAGUCGUACCAACACACACCCACACCAGGUGCACAACGCCAGCAGCAACGCCUGCUGCUCCUUCUGCGACUGCACCGUUCAAACGCUUUCCGGCCUCCUGUUGGUGUCAGCUGUUGGUUGUCUUCGAUCUCUCGGGGGUGCGAUCACGGAACGCACCCGGAAGAAAAAUCGCUACUAGCGGUGAAGUUAAUCUAGUAAACAAGAAACACACACACGGUUUACUAUGAUGUGCGAACAAAGCAUAAUCGGUGCCCGGGCCUCGGUCAUGGUAUACGAUGAUGUGCAAAAGAAGUGGAUCCCGUCGGGCAGCUCAUCCGGGCUUAGUAAGGUGCAGAUCUUCCAUCAUCAGCAGAACAACACGUUCCGGGUGGUUGGCCGCAAGCUACAGGACCACGAGGUUGUCAUCAACUGUUCAAUCAUCAAAGGACUGAAGUACAACCAGGCCACGGCAACGUUCCAUCAGUGGCGUGAUUCCAAGUUUGUCUACGGACUGAACUUCUCCAGUCCCCAGGAUGCGGAAGCCUUCGCCCGGGCAAUGAUGCAUGCGCUCGAUGUACUCAGUGGACGGGUUCCGCCACCGUCGACCAUGCAAACAACAAACCCGAACCCGAACCAGAUGGCGGCGUACGAAGAGGAUAUGGGCUAUCGGACGAUGACGCGUGAAGAUGCGGCCAUCAUGCAGCAGCAACAGCAAAUGACGAGCCAACCGGCCGGUGUUGGACCACCGCAACCACCACCCAACACGAUACCGGGUCCGGGUGGUGGCGGCGGCGGUGGUAGUGGUGGUAUCCUUUCUCCUCAGACGCCCACAUCACAAACGUUGCCAUCACAAGCCAGCCAACAGCAGACGCAUCAUCGUACCAACAGUGCACCGCCGGUACCACCAGCGUUACCGAUACAGCAGCAGCAGCAGCAGCAACAACAGCAACUACAGCAAUCACAGCAGCCACAGCAGCCGAUACCAUCGCAACAGCAGCAGCAGCAGCAACCGAAACCCAUCUAUGCAUCACAACAGAGCAACAGCAGUACCAACAGUAUUACCUAUGGAAACAACUCGUCGUACCCACAGCCAAUCUACGUAGCAUCGAAUCAAAAUCAAACAAUCGUGAAUCAAACGGUGCUAACUCAACAACAGCAGCAGGUCCCGCUACCACCGAAUCUAGCAAACGGCGGUGGUUCGAUCUAUGCGACGGCCACAUGCUCGCCAAGCGCAACGAACAACAACACGCCGAAUUCCAUCUACGCUGGCCAGCAGCAGCAGCAGCAGCAGCAACCACCGCCACCACCGAUGAUGAUGCCACUGAAUGGUUACGGCCCAUCGAAUGGGGUCCCCGGUGCUGGCCUGUCGUACGGAGCCGUUGGUCAAUCACAAUACGGCAUACCACCGGUUCCUCAGAUGCCAAUGCAACCACAGCAGCAGCAACCACCGGCUCCACCGCAACCGAUGCAACAGACGAGUGCCGCUCCUCCACCACCGCCAAUGAUGCCACCGAUGUCAUUCCCGAUGUCGUCGACUGCGUCAAAUAUUCCACAGCCACCAGCACCACCAAUGCCACCGAUGAUGAUGAACCAUAGUAACGCGGCUGCUCCUCCCCCACCACCGCCACCGCCUGGUGCGAACAUGCUGUCCGCGAAACCGGGCGAAAUCAACUCGUUGGCCCUCCAGCUGGCCAGUGCCAAACUGAAGCGCAGCACACCGGCGCAACAGAAGGGCGGUGCUACAUCGGCAACGUCCGUCAGCGUCACCAGUGCCUCGUCCGCAUCGUCACUAGGCUCGGCCAGCAGUAACGCCAUCUCGUCCACCGUGACGGAGAACAGUGGCAGUAGUACGUCGAGUGGAGGUAGUGGUAAUUAUGGAACCAUAGGACGGUCUUCAUCCGGUAUGGCCUCGAUGAUGGACGAAAUGGCGAAGACACUAGCUCGACGACGAGCACAAGCGGAAAAAAAGGAGCCGGACUCCAACGACGAUGGUGGUGCAUCCGGGUCACGCCAGCGGGCCUGGGAGAAAUCUAGCACGCUACCGCACAAGCUGGGCAACAGCAGCCAAAACGCGAGUGGUUCUGGUGGUGCUGCAGGAGGAGGGCAGGGUGCUAGCUUGAGCGGUUCGGAAUCACCUAAACCGUCCCGGAAGCGGUUUGGCAGUGCGAGCGAAGAGACGAUACUAAAGCAAAUCAAUGGUGGUGAUAGUUUCUCGCUGCCAACCGCCGUCGAGCUCGAUCAUCUGAAGGAGGACAUUUUGCGCGAAAUGCGUUCCGAGAUCGCGAAAGCGAAGAAGGAAAUCAUAGAUGCUAUUAAAUCCGAGUUAAACCGUAGGUAAACAUCGUAGACGUUGGUGCUGUUGGAACUGUUACUACGGCGACUACUAUUCAUUACUAUUACUACUAUUACUACUGCGACCGCUGUGGUACUAUUUUACUACUUGAAAAUCCAACUACACAAGCACACUGUUGCUGUUGUCAUGAGAAAGCAUCAGAAGAGAGGAACGACUACAUUGAUGUCCCCGGUUGGUUACUGAAGAGAAAAAGGGAAUCGAAUACGAAUUGUGGGUAUUGAAAAGGGCUUAUUGGCUUUUUCGGCUUGUUGAUUAGGAGCGUUCUUCAUGGCCGCUGGUUCCGUUUUCGUGGAAUCGAUAUUUUUUGGUUUGAAUUACGCCGCAGAAUUUUUUUUUAGAAGAGCGUAUUUUAUUGAAUUAACAAGUUUACAUUUUUAUUGCUAGAACAAGAAAAGUUACUAUAUUUGUUGUUGGACAGCCUUUUUGUGUUUUAUUUUUUCUUUGCUCGAUUCAACCAUGACGAACAGAAAACCACUAAUGGCUUAGUGUGCAUAGUAUUGCAUAGUACGGGUCGAACCACAGAACAUCCGGCAUCUUUUACCCUGUUUUGCAUAUUGCUCAAGUGUACUUUUUUAUGUUUAAAUCAAUCUAGAUAUGAGAUACGAAAAGUUAAAUGUCGCGAACACUGGGGUAGGAUGGGGUGGUUUAUCGGUCAGCACAUUUGCUCGGUGCCGUUACGCGCUUGGCGUAUUAGCUUACUAGAGGCUGGAGCCUGUAUUGCGAUUGGCUGGCACUAGAGGUGUCGAGCGUUGGGAAUGUUGGGAGCGAUUCCCUUUGUUUUGUAGAAGGAAGAGCUAACGGUGCUGCUUUUGAUUAAUCGGCAUUCCAUUUCUAUUCUCAACCGACUCAUUGAUUUACACUUCUUCCCUUUCGUAUCGUACGAGCAAAUCGGGAGACGGGUUGUGAUGAAAUCCUGUGUGUUGUGUUCCUCUUGACAUCCAGUUCUCUUCAGCGGUCAUCCCCCAUUUUCUCAUCACGGUAGUUAGCCCACACGCAUCGUGACGCGUACUGCGUAGUGUAAUAUACAAUUAGUAGACAAAACGAUGGAAAGCGAGCAAAUUGGAUAGAUGCAUUCGGUAGAACGAUGACGAUUGAUUGCUUUUGCUGGUUCUUGAUUCCCACCUUCCCAGUAGAAGUAUUAAAAUGGAGGAAUACUAGUGGAAGAGGAGAUAAAAAGGGCCGCGGGUUGGAAGAUUUCUCGGGUUUCACGUCUUGCCGAGCGACGUUCGUCAUCUUUCCAUGUGUCGUCUCUAUGUGUGUGUUUGUCAGCCAUAUACUCUCUCUAUCUCUCUGUCUGUCUCAUUACCAGUUGCUUUUGUGGAUAGGAAGUGAGCGGUGAGUGAUUCAAUCUGUAUUAAUAUUGUAAAAGCAUAAGACGAAACUCUUGCUUGUGGGGUUUAGAAGUGAACGAUGGAAGUAAGAAUUAAAUUAAUCCUACUUAAAAGUAUGUUAGUAACCGGUAAUCAAGGAAUCAUGCUGGUGGUACGCAGAUUAAUGAGAAGGAUUAUCAAAAAUGAAAACAUUGGAAAACAAAAAAAACCAAACAAGUAAUAAAUUGUAGCACACGAAAUUGACGCUUGUACGCCCUCGCAACCGAAUGAAAGAAGGUUGGUUGGGGUUUCGGUGGUUGAUAAAUCAAAAUGUAGAAUAAAUUUAAAGCGUUUUGGCCUGUUUCGAUAUCAUCAUUCUCUCGCCACAGACACAACAACAGCAGAUAGGUGGAACAUAGUCAGGCGUCGAACAAUUCGGACGAUCGCGCCAAGGGAGUGUUCCAAUGGUUUGCGAAAGAAUACAUUAAAAUUCGUAAAAUAGGAAAAAAAUAUAAGUCAUAACCUAGGCGGGGGAGGAAGGUGCGGUAGGGUAAUAACGUCAUCGUCAAGCAGAGCGAUUCAUCAUCUCAUUAUAUCUUUGUAUAUAAGCAAAAGACUAAGACACACAUACACAAUGACACAUGCGCUAGUAAUGAACUAAUAUCGAACAGUGGAAGGAUACGGCUUUCACUAAUUUAGUCAUCGAGGUAGUCCGUAUGGAAGUAAACAAGACAAACAGAAGUAUCGGUCCCAAGGUGUGCGAAACCCAGAUGAGAGGUGCACAAUUGAUGGUGGAGGGAGCUUUCUCCUGCAGAACUGAACUGUUUUUUUGUUGUUGUGUGUGAUAACGAUAAAGCCAACCAUAGGGUGCGAUUUCGAUGUGAAUGACGCACACACACACGCGCGAGGAUUAUUGUAGAGUAGAUGGAAUCCCUAGGGAUUCAAUUAGUAAUGGAAAGGGUAGCCUCUCUUCUGCACUUAUUUGUUUAGGGCGUCUUCGAGAAAUCCGAACAGCAGAGGAAGUUCGGUACGUCCGAACUACACUCAUCUAAAAAGGUCAAGUGGAUUGCGAGCGAUGAAGUACGAAUUGGCACAGUUGACAGAAGCGAUUGUCCUCGAUGGAUGUUAAGGUAUCUAAUAACUAAUCAUUUACUCAAAUUGCAGUAGCGCAGAACAUAUAAACGAACGCAACGAUUCCGAAAGAUGACAAAAGAAGCGAAUCAAAACAUGUAAGAUGUUGUUUGGCCUUCAUUCUUUUGUUUCACGCAUUGGAUGGAGCUCGCGGAGAAUGUAGUCAGGGUUGAAAGGAUGCAAUAGAUAAAACAAAAAAAGACACCAAAACCCGAAGCUGGAUGAAUCUAGGGCGAGCAGUCGAGGAAAUAGAGGGUAAACACAAUAUGACACAGCGAAAUAGAUAAAAACAAAUCCUACAAAUUGAAAUAGUAGAAGCGAAAGCGAAAGCGAAGUGGGAGGUAAGCAAGAUUUCUGUUCAAAGAACAAACAGCAAGAGCAAGUAAUGUUAGCAACGCUCAAAACACAUCAACUACAGCAGUUAACCGGCAUCAAACCAGAACAAACCAGAGCAAAUUAGAGCAUUGAAUAAAGAGUGGACGAGUAAAAGUGAGGUUUCUGUUAGGCAGAACGCAAUGAAACCAACAAUGAGAGGAGGAAAUGAGAGUGAAUAUAAAUAUGAAAGGGCUAGCCGACGAUAUCGACUGACUAAUAUAAACCAGCCUCAUAAAACGAUAAAGAAACAUAGCGAACGCCGCGUUAUCGCCAAACGGUAUCACACUGAACAUGGAUAAGAAUUUACGUGUGGGGAACGGUUGCCGGAAUCCUUCCUUUUUAAUCCGCAUUAAACACCAUUUUAGAUUUUUUGAGCGAAAGCACCGGAUGAUACAUGUACGCAGGCAAAGUUCGUUGGUUCCGCCGCCAGCAUGGUAAAGAGUUAUUCAACUUAAGCAGUAUUACAACAAGAUGGUGGAUAGGUUUGUGUGUAAGUGUGCAUGUCAAGAAAAAAACGGUACACGACACCGCGCAUAGAUGUCCUGGAACGGAGCUUCCUGUAGCGCUCUCGAUGACCUAAUCACGAAAUAAACAUUGGGACAUUGAGCAGAUGAAAGUGGUGCGUGAAGAGACAUAGUUUUCUAAGUUUUUUUUUUGUUUUUUAAUGGUUUUGUAUGGAAUGAUCGAAUACUAAAAUCCUCCAGAAUGUGCUAUUUCGUUCUUAGUUUUGUUUUCGUACUGCUUGCUCCUCUCAUUAGCGUUAGGUGCUUGCUUGAGGGAGGGGGUUUUGGCCAACAAGAAUUCUUUCUUAAAAUUAAAGCUGCACAAAAUCCAUUGAGAAUGGCAAAGGUUGCCGUAACUAUGAUUUAUAGUAUGCGAUGUUUAGUUUGAAGAGAUUAAUGCAAGGUGCAAAGUUGUAACGGAAAGAAUGGCCGUAAGAAGAAAGUAGCCUAUGUUUAUGAAAAAAGAACAAAAAUUAUCUAUAUAGAUACAUAUAUAUACACAUACACUCACAUUAUACAUACACAUAUGAAACUUAUCAUCUGAGGAUGCGCAUCAUGAUAUAUGAUUUGUGAUUUUACUUUAAUUGUACCCUCCUUUUUAUGUACAUUAUUGUUUAACUUUGAACGUAAGCAACGGAGAAGAGGACAUCAAAUUAUUGAUACAUAAAAUAUAUGAAUAUUAUCUUGUCUUACCGUGAAGCCAAGUGUAUGUGCGCGAGAUAGAGCAUGGGAGAAGAAAGAGGAUGCCUGCGAAGGAUGUAAAGCGCACAUUGACAUAUUCGUCAGCUAAAACAGCUAAAAAGUACCGUUAAUUUUUAGAGAAAAAGUAAAAGAAAACAGCAAACAGCACGCGGCCGAUAGAACCACUUCUACUUCCCCUUUGAAAUCUUUGAAAGAAGUGAUACGAGCGGUUAGAUCUAGCAAAACAACCCUAGGCGAAGUGUGAGGCGAUAAUUGAAGUUCAUCAAUAGGGAUGGUAUAUGAAGGAGGUAAAGAUGAUAAAGAAGCAGCAAAUCGAAACCUGCUGGUAGACGGACGGUUUAAACGCAUGGAAGUAGUGGAAGAUCCGAAAAGAAUUAACGAAUGAAACAUACAAGGACACACACUCUGACACGCAACAGAAGGAAAAGAAAACAGACACGCAUUAUUAUAGAUAACCUACAAAUUUUAUAAAAUUAACAAGAACAAGGACGA